UUGGGCCGCCGGCGCCUCCCCCGCCGCGGCGGCCUGAUGCGGCACCCGGCGCCGCCCCGCCUGGCUUGCGCUCCCGUUUUCCCCGAAACCCCUCCGCCUUGAUAUCCCCGGGGGCGCGGCAGGGGCGGUGACGCCCUGUGCCCGGUUGCCGGUCAUGCGGGGCGCGGCCCCCAGCUGCCCGGCAGCGGGCGGGGGGCGUUGAGACCGGGCGGCAGCGAUGCCGGGGGUCGGCGGGGCCGCGGCCGCCGCUAGGCACCCCCAGUCCGGCGAGGCGGCGGCAGCGCCGCGGGACGAGGAGCAGCAGGAGGAGGAGGGCGAGGAGGAUCUCCGCGACGGCGGCGUCCCCUUCUUCGUCAACCGCGGCGGGCUGCCUGUGGACGAGCCCACCUGGGAGCGGAUGUGGCGGCAUGUGGGCAGGAUCCACCCCGAGGGGGAGCGGGUGGCGCAGAGGAUCCGGGGAGCUGCCGACCUGCCCAAGAUUCCCAUACCAAGUGUGCCUACGUUCCAGCCGUCCACCCCCAUCCCUGAGCGCCUGGAAGCUGUACAGCGCUACAUCAGGGAGCUUCAGUACAAUCACACUGGGACACAAUUCUUUGAGAUUAAGAAGAGCAGACCUCUGACUGGGCUGAUGGACCUGGCCAAAGAAAUGACCAAAGAGGCCCUGCCAAUAAAAUGCCUGGAAGCUGUGAUCCUGGGAAUUUACCUCACCAACAACAUGACCACGCUGGACCGUUUCCCCAUUAGCUUCAAAACCCACUUCUCAGGGAACUACUUCCGACACAUUGUGCUGGGGGUGAACUUCGGAGGCCGCUAUGGGGCACUGGGCAUCAGCCGACGUGAGGAGCUCAUGUACAAAGCACCUGUCUUCCGCACACUGAGUGAACUCAUCUUUGACUUUGAGGAGGCAUAUCGCCGCUGCUGGCACACUCUCAAAAAGGUGAAACUGGGCCACUGUGUGUCCCAUGACCCACACAGUGUGGAGCAGAUUGAGUGGAAGCAUUCCAUCUUGGAUCUAGACAAGCUAACCCGGGAAGACUUCCGCAAAGAGCUUGAGAGACAUGCCCGUGAUAUGAGGCUGAAGAUUGGCAAAGGAACUGGGCCACCAUCUCCCACCAAGGACAGAAAGAAAGAUGUCUCCUCCCCACAAAGAGGUCAGGCUAGCCCCCAUAGGCGCAACAGCCGUGGGGACCGUCGGCCAUCUGGUGAGAAGAAGCCUGCUGAUUCCAAAGCCAUGCCAGACCUCAAUGGGUACCAGAUCCGGGUGUGAAAAGAGCUGUGCCUAGCUCCAGAGAUUUCUUGCUGGCCAGAACUGAGACCUGGAUACACCGGCAGUGAUUCUGACAAAGGAGACAAGGGAGUGGGAGCAGAACAGAGUGCCGAUCUUCCCACGUACUUCCUAGUGGGCCAGUCCCAGAGCUGGAUCCCAUGGGUCCCAGAGGAUUCACCUGCCUGUUUCUGGGAGAGGUGUCCAUCUUAAUUCACUGAAACAAGUAUUUUUACAAAAAAGGGGAAAAAACAAAAAAAAAAGAUGUGAAUGUUGGUGGGAGUUUGCUGCAGGAAGACAUGGAGUGAGUGGGGUCAGCAGAUUCACUAUCAAUUUAUUUCUGUUGACAGCAAGUAAGUGAAGCAUUUUGUUGACAGCACUUCUUCCCUGUCUGCACAGAAGCCUUCAACCCAUGCAAGACCUGCACAGCUGAGGCUGGAUGUGAUGCUGGAAUGGGAUGGCCGCCAUCACAUUCUGUAUCUUGUGCAGAAACUCCUUGUUUUGCCAUUAUGAACACUUUGUUUAACAUUGCUCUUGUAAGAGAGGGCUGAAUUUGCUCAGUCUCAUUUAUUGAUCAUACAAAGACUUUUCAUCUGCAGAAACCACAUCUUGUGUGUUUAGUCCUGCCUAUUUCAAAGUAUUUCAUUGUCUCUAAGGGAGUAAACAGUGGGAUGAUGAUUUUCUUUACCCACUGUGAUGCUGGUGAACUGUUGCUCUAAGUCCUUUUGUUGUUGAGUGGGUCAUCAGCAAUGAUGAUGUGCCUACGCCAUUGCCAUAUGAAAACAGGCACAGAGACCUCAUUUGACCAGGCAGGGGCUGGAGGGAAGCCUGAACUUUGAGACCGCCCUUCAUGAGCCUUCUCUCUCUAGUUACUGCUACUGUGAAAGCUUGCAGAAGGUGCUUCAGUCACUGAGGUACAGGUUUUAAGAGUAAAUAGUUAAAGAGGGGUUUAAUGAUGUGAACAGGUUUUACAAGCAUUUUUCUUUUCCACAAGAUCCUUGCUCCUUCCUCACUGUAGUGUUAGUGCUGGAGUUACAGACGCAUGCUUGCUGAUUGGAAGCCCUGCUCAAGGAGAUUGCAGCUGCCUUCCUAACGGCUCAGCCCAGAGCCUCCUAGGAAAGUAGUUCCCCACCAUAAGCCCAGAGCUUUGCUUCUGUUCUGGUUCUUUGGAUAGCUGCAGUAUUUAACAGCACCACCUAGGCCAGCGUUCCCCAAAGGGCUUGGGCCUUUCUGCCUGCUUUCAGCUUUGACUUUUCCUACGCUCCUUUCCAAUAGAGUGUUGUACUACUGAUUAAGCAGUGUAUUGCUUGUCAGAAAUCUGGAGUGUUGUCAGAUAUUGCUUUGAGGCCUAGAAACAGCGAAGUUGCCACAGGUCAGAACAGCAUGGCCUUGAAGUGAUCUGGAUGUGUGGAUCUAGGGGAAGUAAAAACUGAGCUUGGAAGUGCGAGUAUCCUCAAGAGAAGCUGAGUUUUGUUUUACGACAGCACUGACAAGGAGAUAAACUUUCAGAAAUACUACAUGUUUAAUUUAGUUAGAACUGGGUUUAUUCUUUCAUGUGAAGUUGUUAGAAACAUGAUGGAGCUUAGCUCUACUGGGUUUUUUUUGUUGCAGUAUUGCUGUGCUACACAUUUGUAUAAGCAGUGCUAUUUUGGUGGCAGAGAAUGGGUUCUUAUCCCCAAACAAAUCAGCUCUUCUGUCACAUUAAAGCAGUGUUAAUCCCUGAAGCACCACCCACAAGUGAUUUAACUCAGGCCUCACAAGUUCCUAAUUGUACAUCCUUAACUGUGACGUAACGUGUAAGGUGCUAUAUCCAUACCAGUGCAGUCUGUCCUUCCAAGCUCUCUUUGUAGCCUGUACUAUUUGCUAUGCUGUACAACCAGGAGGACGAUCCACAGGGAGGUGGCAGAACUUGCUGAUGACCCAAGACAAGAUUAGUCCAGAAACGGAUGCCGAUUUCCACAGUGCAGUGCAACACCUGUCCUCUCCCUUGCACUUCAGCUAUGUGCAACAAUCUGAAAUUACACACAGCAGUAGCAAGCCAAGCACCCGAUUGUGUCCUCUAGUCAAUUUUGUAUGGCUGUAAAUUAACACGUUUAGUGUCUGGAUGCUAAUGAUGAUGUUAGCUGUAAAGGUACCACUGUUACCUGUAAAUAUUAUACAUUACUUGAAAGCCACAAACUGCCUUUGCAUAGUUUGCUAUGCAGUGGACUGAAAGUUCAGGUGCCACUGUGAAUCAUAUGAUAAAUACUUGCAGCAGUCAUCAAGAGAGACUGACUGUCAGGUUUUAUUAAAGUGGAUUAAAUCCAAGAAAAAGACAUUAUAAAACACAUUUAGAUAAAACUAGGAUGCAUCCUCACCAUGACUUUGGUUGUUUGGUUGGUCAGUUAAUUCAGGGUUAACUGUGAGCUCUUGAAAGUAAUUAGUGGCCUCAUACAGAGCACAUUCAAUAGCUGGACAGAACUGAGCCUUUUUAGAUGGAAAGGAGGGGAAAUGUGUUGAGGGGAAGAAGACCUCAAAAUAGAUGGGGCAAGUGAGAGGUCAGCUGCAAGCUAAUGAUGCAUUCUUGAGAGCAGGGCAAAAGGGGUGCUCAGCAGUGUUAUAUCACCAGGGCAGAAUGGCUUAAAACAAAAUGUUUUGUUUGACCUGGUAAUUAAGUGCUUUCCUGCAGGAUGUAACUGAGGCCAAUAGCUUAGAAAAUCAAAGGAAGUGGAUGUUUAAAGAAUGAAUGACAGGUGGAGUUCAAGGUCUCCUAAUCCUCAGAUGUAGCCAGAGGACAAUAUACUCUUUCAAGAUUUAGUUGCACAAUUAUGUACGUUAGGAGGCAUUUAAUUCUUCAUUUGUAUCUAAUGUUGAUGACUUCUCAAGAUGGAUGCAGGAGUAGACAUACGCUCUCUACUAGGAUUGUUAUUUCAAGCCUUCUACUAUGUUUCUCUGCGUGGUAGAAUUCCUGCCCCUUACUGUUUCUGUAUCUCCAGUUUAGCAGAUGGUGCUUAAAAAAAUGGAGAACGACCAAACCAUUCUCCCCUUCUUGCUCUUGCUACUCCCAUCUUUGUAACAAGAUGCAUCACUUCAAUACAAAGCUUAGCUUUCUUGCUAACAACAUGAGAGCAUCUCCCUGUGACAGAAAGGAUUAGUGCAAUACAGUUUUAUGCAGUAAGAAACCUAAGGGUAUAAUGAAAAAUUAACUUCUGCACUUCCACUUCUUUCCUCCCUUAUCCACCUGCUCUGGCUUCUGGUCUGUCUGCCUUUAACCAUAAGGAAAAAGAGGCUGGAGAUGAGUCUUUUUCACUUUUGCAGUCUUUAGAGAUACAGAGAAGGAAUGAAAACGAGGAACUAGACUGUAAUUCAGGUCCUGCAGAACAAAAAAAAAAGGAUCUUGAGGAGUUCUCCUAUUUAAUGUUAAAUAUGAUCGCACGUGUAGCUCUGGGGCAUAGAUUUCACUGAGCAGUAAGUAGGUCUCAUUUGAUGUCUGUUCUACAGUACAGGUCCUUCUGAACUCUGUGGAAAGCAACUGCAUCCAUAUACUAGGAAUGGACAGACACUGCCUAUGUCAUAUGCCAAGUUGGAGUGAGCUUUGAAAGACUUGGAACAAAUGCUGACCUACUACUAGCAAAACUAUUUUUAAUAUAAUGCAAACCUUGAAAGAAGAGUUUUUCUUUGUACUUUUAUGUAGGCAAGUCCCUUUACUCUUGGCCAACUGCAGUUUUUUAAUGGACGAAUGGGUUAGUGAGCGAAACUUUCUGCUACAGUGUCACUGAUAUAAACUUCAUAUACUAAAGAGUAGGGUUGAGUGUCCAUCAGACUGUGACACUAGCCUUUUUUUUUUUUUAACUGUGAUAUGAUAAACUAAAUGAGUCUUUAGGAACUUAAGGUACGUUAGCAAGUGUUUAGUGGAAGUGGAGUGCUUUUUUUUUUUCAGGUGAGUGUUUUACUUGUAUGGCACUGUAUAGGUCAGUAUAGUAUCCUUGGAUCUACCAGAAUAAAUGACUCCAAAACUGUGGUUGGAACAUAGUUUCUAUUCAUGCAGUAGUUGUACCACUGUUACCAGAUCUGUUUAACAUGAAGAAUUUUUGUUUUAGUAUUUCAGGUGAAAGCCUUAAUCAGAUGCCUGCCCUUUAAGGUAGGCUCACAUGUGGUGUUGUAUAGAUUGAAACAUGACUGUCCUUAAAAUUGCAGAGUUUAAGAAACCACAGUGAACAGAAGAAUGCUCCUGUUGCCAAAAGUCUGGAUUAGAUGGGCUUGACCUUGCACCAGAGGCUUGGGUGGUUGCUUUUAGCCACUUCUCCUUCUAAGUGAAGUUCUUGACAUGGUCCUGAUGAUCAGGCACUAGAUAGAAGCAGAAGGUGCCCUGUGUCCUAUGCGUACUGUGUGUGCAAGUCUAGCUGAAGUAACUCCAUACAUUCCAGUGGUCUUGCACUGUCAUCAUGUCAACAUUAAGACCCACAUUAUGAAUUUAUAACUUAAAUGUAUCACAACCAUUCUCCUUCAGUGAUGCCCUGGCCCUGUCUGCUCAGGAGCAACUCAACUUUGGCCCAGAAGGCUACGGAAUCCCCAAUAAUCUCUGCCAAGCAGAGUUUCCCUCCAGGUCAGGGUUGAGAUGGUGCUAGUGGGACCAGAGUGGUCCACUUCCGUGCACAUCAGUAUUCUACUCUAGCACUGAUAGGGUGCUCCAAAAACAUUUACAUCUUUAUCAUUGGUACAGCUCAGAACUAAGAAAUGGCAGGUUUCUUUCUUUAAGAACAAUAUCCUGUGUGUCUUUUUGUAAUUAAUCAGUGAGGUUCUGUGUUCCUAUGUAGCCAACACAGAACUUGUACUUAGAUUUAGUUCUUACUGCACUUCCCAUAGCCCUCAUGUUGAUACUUCUUCCUGCUUCCUUUGACACUUAGAAAAUAAAAUUCCCUCUGUACUGCUCUCAGCUUGUGCAGGGAAAACAA